CCGGAGUUCCACCAGACCACUUGAUAGGAUCUGUCAGAUAGGUAGGACUCAAACCAUCUUUAAGGUUACAGCCAAUAGUCUGGGGUUACGGAGAGCAAUGAGGCCUCAUCUCCUGACUGCCACACCUCAUCAGGCACCUGCUGCUAAUCCCAGCCUCCCACUAUGUUACUGUCCACCAAGACAUUUCUUACAUUUUCUGCCUGGACCCCCUGUGCACAGGACACAACUUAAUCGAAAACACACAGAAUCCAAUGACACAUAGCUAGUCAGCGAUUUUGUGGUGCUACACACUGCCAUGACCUUCUGGAACUCAUGCCUUCUUACAGCAGUACUUUCUCUCCCCAUUACAUUUUUUUUUAAGAUUUUUUGGUUGCUUCCUUUAUCAGCGACUCCCUAAUCGCCGAGAAACUUGUUAAUCUCCGUUAACAGCCAAAAACUACCAGCUAACGUCACACAUCCAGGCACAACAGGACCUUGCCUGACACUUUAUGCCGGAAGAAAAACUACAACAAUCACAAAAAAAAAAUGUGAUUGGUCACCCAAAGCGAACGUUGGAACAUAAUUGGACGUCGUCGUGACUGGAUUGAAUUUGGAGGUAUCCUAAUUAAACAAUCAACAAAAGUGUCAGUUCUGCAAAGCUGCACAUUAUUAGCCAUAUACCUACAUUCAAAUGAAGUGAAAAUUCAUAUUAGCAUUUAAAUUCCUCAGAGCCCAUUAUUUUAGUCACUUUUGGAAAAAUAGUCUCACGCUUAAGCAGUGAAUGAUCUUGUGCAAAAAACGAUGUUAAGAAAUGGAAAUACAGUACGUUCCUCAUGCUGCGAGCGCCCCCUGGCGCACAGACAUUGCUGUAACCAUAGAUGUCCAGUAUCCCCGAAAGAAAGCAGCGGUACUGAAGACAGCACAAGAUCCAGAAGAAAUGCAAGUAAUGUCCGCAAGGUACAGAUCGAUUUAGUAACCGGAAGUCUGAGGACUCUGCGCCCCGAAUUGCUGCGCUACGCAGCCGAAAUGCUGCCUGUGAAAUUAUUGGAAUGAAUGGCAACCGUCGGUCUCGAGAGAGCCUGGGAUCAGGGAGCACUAGCGGAGCACGGCCUCCCUCCUCUUGACACCCUCCCAAACCUCCUGCUUCCAGCGGGUACAGUCACAAGCACCCUCCUCCCAGUCUUGUAUUCCGAUGCCCGUGGCCAUCAUGUCUUGCUUGCAGACGUCUUUGAAGCGAAGGUGGGGGCGACCCAGCGCCCUGGUGCCGGUGGCAAGUUCAUCAUAAAGCAGGUCCUUGGGGAUUCUUCCAUCUGCCAUGCGACAGACGUGACCGAGCCAUUGGAGACGGCACUGUUGCGGCAGACUAGAUGCUCAGCAUCUGGGCUCGGUUGAGGACCUUUUCCUCGGUCGCUCGGUCCUGCCACUGAACGUCGGGGAUGCGCCUGAGGUUGCGCAUGUGGAAGGCGUUGAGGUGUCAUUCAUGCCUGGAGUACAGAGACCAGGACUCGCUUCCAUAUAGCAGAGUGCUGAGGACGUAGGCGCUGUAAACAGUCAUCUUGGUGCGUACCAUCAGCUCACUGUUAUUCCAGACUCUCGUCAUCACCCUGGUGAAGGUUUCUGUAGCUCAGCUGAUCCUCCGGUCGAUCUCAGAGUCCAGCGGGAGACUGUCAGUGAUUGUGGAGCCAAGGUAGGUAAAUUUGUGCACUACUUUCAUCUCGUCGUCAGAGAUUGUGAUUGAAAGGGGACUCUUAACGCCUUGUCCCUUCACAUCGGUCUUUUUCAGACUGAUGGUGAGGCUGAAGUUUGAGUACACUUUGGAGAACUGGUCCAUGAGCCUCUGCAGCUGCUCCUACAUGAGAGACUGAACAGUCUACCAUCUGAUCUCGUAUGGAGGUACACCCCUUUACCCGACUAUCCAAAAAGCACGUCUCAGCAUGACAGCAAAGAAGAUGCCGAAGAGGGUGGGCAAGGACACAGGCCUGUUUCACACCAUUUCGGAUGCAGAAUGGGUCUGAAGAAGCUCCGUUGAAUCGGGUUAAGAAGCUUGGGAACACGUCCAAUUUUGCACAGGAUCCUGAACAGACCAUUGCAACUGACAAGGUCGAUUAAGGCGUACAGUAGCAUCCUCUGUUCUCUUCACUUCUCCUGCAGCUGUCGUAGAGGGAAGAUCAUGCUGAUUGUGGAGCGUUCAGACCGGAAACCGCAUUGUGACUCCAGGUACAUGCACUCUGCCGGUUUCUGAAGCCUGUUCAGAAUUACUCAGGCAAAGACCUUACCCACAAUGCUCAGUAGAGUGAUCCCCCUGUAGUUGUUACAGUCACUCCUGUCCCCUUUGUUCUUUUACAGGGUGAUAAUAUUACAGUCUCACAUGUCUUGUGGUUCUGCUCCCCCCCUCCCAGCGCUGGCAGAGAAGUUCAUGCAGGCGUUGCAGCAUAGGCCCUUUGGCACACUUGAUGACUUCGAGUGGGAAUCCAUCCAAACCCGGGACCUUACCAGAAGGUGUCCUUUAUCCAAAAUGAGUGCCGUCCAAAAGCAGAAGCACGGGAACGUCACUUUGGAGAACAAAAAGACAGGGCCUGCUGAAGUGCCAGGAUCAGUGAGGAGAAUCCUACACGUCGUUCAGCAGUCUGCAGUGAAUGAGAAUCGUGGAAGAGUUAGAGAGUCAGGAAAGGCUAUGCUGAAAAGAAAGCUCUGGCCUGCAGACCAGGUGAAAGGGUCAAAGAGGGUCAAGGCUGAAGUUAAAGUGAAAGACAAAGCCAGCAAAGACAAGAACCUGACAGAAGGGAUGACAAAAGAGGCCUAUGAGCUAAUGGUUAAAGAAACACCUCCCUCCUCCUACUGGAAAGAGAUUGCUGAGGAGAGGCGGAAAGCUCUGUUCAAUGUCCUUCAAGAGAACGAGAAGUUGCACAAAGAUAUUGAAGCUAAAGAAGAGCAGAUAACCCAACUGAAACAGGAAAAUGAAGAGCUUCAGGAACUGGCCCAGCAUGUCCAGCACAUGGCUGACCUGGUUGAGAGGUUAACGGGCAAGAGUCCGGAGACUGAGGCUCUGCGAGAUCUGGCAUUUGAAGGGGACCAUAAUGAACAGGAGGAAGAUGAAGAUAAUGAACCGCUAGCUGAAGCUCCUGCACCUCUGCAUCAUGAUAAAGACAGUCUAUGAACAAUCAUUCUGCUGAACUAUUCCUGCUUUGUGGGGCUUUUUUUUUUUAACCUUCAGGGCAAUUAAAGUACUGGGAGUGGAGAUUUACUAUUUAUCUUGUACAUUUAGUCAUGGAUCCUUAUGUGCAGAAGUUCAUGAUCUGUAAAUAUGUUACAAAUGCUUGUAAAAUAAAAGUUCAGUUUGAAGUAAAGACUGCUAU